AGAUAGUGAAGAAGAGAGUAAUAUUCUUACGCGCUUUCUUCUGUUGCCGGCGCGCAUAUGUCAAAAGUCAAAUUUGUUUACACUUUGCAACUUCUGUCACGGUGAAGAAAUUAUAAAUCUUAGUGUCUUAGUGUGUAAUUUUAUUGCAUUUGUACCUCAUCUGCUAUUUAAUAUUUACUAUGAAGGUUUCAUAAUGGAAAUUUCUGUAAUAAACAGUGUGGAAGAGCCUUUUCCUCAACAAUUGGUUGUUGAACAUAAGCUAGGACCAAUAAGGAGAUGCUUUCAAGCUGCAUGCAAUGGGAUAUUGCCAAACAAAAAAGAGUUUAACCUUUUCCUCACUCAACUUUUAGUUUUGAUAUUUUUUGCUGUCUCCACGUAUGGCAUUUUGAAUAAGAAUGCUUUGCCUGGAAGUGAAGUUUUUGCACUCCUUUUAUUAGUACUUUCUGCAACUGUUGCUGGAAGGAUAUUUGGAUUUAUGUUUUUCCCUCCAUUGCUGGGUAUGAUGAUAGCUGGAUUUCUUUAUCGCAACCUUUCUUUCAUCCCAUAUUAUGGAAAUAUUUCGCAUAAAACAGUAUCAUCAUUAAGAGAUAUUGCUCUUGUCUUAAUUCUUCUAAGAGCUGGCCUGGGAUUGGAUCCCAAUAAGCUGAAGAAUUUAAAAAUGGUUGUCUUCAGGUUGACAGUUGUUCCUUGUAUUGUCGAAACAGGCAGCAUUGCUGUUUUAGCACAUUUUUUAUUGGAUUUACCAUGGAUUUGGGCAACAAUGCUUGGAUUUAUUAUAUCAGCAGUCUCACCAGCUGUGGUGUUACCUAUACUUCUUAACCUGAUGAAAAAGAAUUUGGGAACUAGUAAGGGAAUCCCUACACUUAUAAUUGCUGCUUCAUCAAUGGAUGAUAUACUGGCAAUUGCGGGCUUUACAAUAACUUUAAGUAUAGCUUUCUCACAAGGUAACAUAAUCUGGACUGCUAUUAAGGCACCUUUGGAACCUCUUGUAGGAGUUGUUUUUGGAUCUGUGUUUGGAGUUAUUUUUUGGCAUAUACCAAGUAAAGACAGAUCAAAGAGUGCUUUAAUUUAUUACAACGUACUUCUAUUAUGUUUCGCUGGUUUGUCAGCAAUGUUUGCUAGCAAAAGAGCUGGUAUUCCCGGUUCUGGUGCUCUUGGUUGCAUCACUCUUGCUCUUGCAGCUUCUUUACAGUGGAGGAAAGAUGCUGAUCAGUUUCAUAGCAUUUCAGCAGUUGUAGAUAUUAUGUGGGAAAUCAUCCAACCAUUUUUAUUUGCUUUGAUUGGAGCUGAAGUGACAUUGCCUAGUCUUCAACAACAUGUUGGUUAUAGUGUCCUGGCUCUAAUUUUAGGAUUGUGUUGUCGAUCUCUUGUCACUGGUCUUGCUGUAUUUGGUGCAAAUUUAAACAUAAAAGAGAAAAUAUUUGUCUGUUGUGCUUGGUUACCUAAAGCAACUGUGCAGGCUGCUGUUGGAUCACAAGUGUUAGAUUAUGCAAGAUCUCAUAACAAAGGAUUUCAGUAUGAAGAAUAUGGAAAACAAAUUUUGAAUAUUGCUGUAUUGUCGAUUGUACUGACUGUACCUGUGGGUGCAGCAUUAACUGCUAUACUUGGUCCUAUAUUAUUGUCCACUGAUGAUACCGCCAAAAACCUCACAGAAAAUGCACAUGAUGAUAAUGGGGAAAAAGUGAAGGGAAAUAAAAUUCUUCCUGAUUAUGGUUCAUGCGAUAUGUUAGAGACAGCAUCUAUUUUGCCACAUAAGAAUUUUAACACAGUGUAAUUUAAUAUUUCAAAAAUAUUUGUUUUAUUUAUAUUUUUUGGUUUUCAUUAAUACUGAAAACUGAAUUUAUGUGAAUUUUCAUAAAUGCAUUUAAUUUAAAUCAAUAAUAGAUAUAGUGAUCUUUUCUUUUUUAUUUUGCACCUUGUGUUGUGUUAUUUGUAAG